GGAGGUGGGGCAGUUUGACAGCACUGAGUCUCUUAUUCUGGCUGUGUGUGUGUGUGUGUGUGUGUGUGCAGUGUAUGUCCCACAUCCACAACAGAUGGAGAGAUCAAAGGGAACAGAGAGUGAAGCUGAGUGAGCCACACCAGGAGGAGAUGUCACAGCACCACUCCGGGCUUUGUUUCCCACAGAUACAAUGGAGGGAGGAGCGAGACCUUUGAGCUGUCCAGGUGCUCCACAAGGAACAGACUUGACCAGGCUGUUGGGUCAUUGCACGGAGGAAGAUUUGCAUUCGGUUGACGUUUUGGUGCCGAGCCAGCCAAUUGUCAUUCCAUGUCUGCUCAGUGGACGAUAUACGUAAACUCUGGGCACAUUGGGAAUCUGUACUGGGUGCUACGCUAGACCGCACAGCCCAUUGAUAGUGUAACUUCAAGCAGUUGAGAGGUCAACACCAUGGAGUUAAAUUGUUGAAUUGGACUUGCUAUGGCAACUGGAGAUGCCAUACACGUCCAAAUCAAGCUUCCGUCUCAGGUGAAUAACUCGCAGCUUGCCUCAGUGUUUCCUAGCUGGCCUGCCGAAAGCAACAUGGGGAGUGUGAGCAGCCUCAUUUCAGGCCAGAAUCUCCAAGGGAAACAGUGCAAAGCCUUGGAGUAUGGGAACAUCAAGGCUACCCACCUCCACAAGCUCCUCAGGCAACAAGAUGGCCUGCUGAGGUUUGACACCAGCCACCAAGCAAGCAACAAAGGCUCCAAAGCAAACUCUGAGUGCGAGAAAACAGAGGACUUCUUCUACAUCAGUAUCAGCAAAACCAAUGGGCUGACCAACACAGGCAAGCUGAAGAAGUGCACUGUCCAAGUCAAGCCUCAGAAAGGUGGACCGGUCAGCAUGGAUGUGCAAGAGCCACCACCCACACUGGUACCAUUCUCUGGCCAACUUGACAAGAGUACAGGAAAGAACAUUGUGAGGCCAACAGUGCUAAAGGUGAUGGCACCCAGGAAUGGCAACGCCGAUGUGAACUGUAUCUCAGGAAAGCUGGCAAAUCAAAAGGGAGAAUUUCAGGGCAAUCUAUCGAAGGUAACGAAGCAUUCAGAGGUGCAUGACGCUCACAAGCAGAAACACACAAACCAUUCUGGUACCCUGUCAGACUCGGGUCGAAAUUCCAUGUCUAGCCUGCCCACUCCAAGCACAGAGCCAGUUAGUACAGCAAACCUUCUCAGCAGGUUUGGAGGCUCAGCGCAUCACAUCAGUCAGGGAGCGGGGUCUCUGGACAGCAUCUUGAACACUGGAAGCUGUAGCACAUCUACCCCUGAGAGCAGGGAGUGGCGGGCCAGCCACAGCACAAACCUUCCCCAGCCCCAGAAAGAAGCUGGAUGGGAAGCUCAGGAUGUGAAGGCAACUGCUGUCCUCAGACUGGACCAGGACAAACAGGAGGUAACCAGCCUGACGCAGUCAGGCGACACCAAAACAAAGGCACCAAGGAACCAACACCAGCUGGUCCUGCUCCAGCUCAGCCAACUCCAGCAAGACAAGGCCAAACUUCAGGAAGACUUCACACAACUCCUGCGGGAGCAUGACAGCCUCAACGCCAAAUGCAAAGCCUACCAAAGGGAACAAACUGAACUUGCUCCAAAACUGGAAGAAACAAAAUGGGAGGUUUGCCAGAAGUCAGGGGAGAUCUCACUGCUGAAACAGCAGCUGAAAGACUCGCAAGCUGAGUUGAUGCAGAAGAGCAGUGAGCUCUUGUCAUUGAAGAGCCAGCUGAGAGAAGCCAAAGGAAAGCUAUCUGCUCAAGAGCAGGCAGUAGAGGAGCUGCAGAACCGCCUGCAAGCCAGGGACAGAGAGCUGGAGGUGUGUGAAAACGAGAGGCAGCGUAUGAAGAACGCAGCUGACCUGCUGAGGGAAAAGGUGGGCCUGCAGGACGGCCAGAUCCUGCAGCUGAAGCACAAGCUGGCUGGCUGCAAAGAGCUGGACAUCCACGCGACACAGGCUGAUCCCACUGCCUGCCACGGCGGCUGCAGGGAGCCGGCCCGACGCAAGCCUGAGCAAGACUCUGUGGCUCUGCGAGAGGAGCUGGCAAGCUUACAGGCCCAGCUGGAGCAGGAGAAGAAAUCCAACUGGGAGCUCUCCUGCAACUUUCGCCAGGAGCGCCUCGUGUGGCAACUGGAGAAGCAACAAGUGAUAGAGUAUCAGAAACAGCUCCAGCAGAGUUACACUGAGGUGCUGCAUCAGAACCAGAGCCUGCAGACAGUCAUCCAACAGCUUUCCACUGAGCUGAAGGUGAGCAAUCUUAGGGGCAGUGAAAAGCAGAGCACUGACAUUCACUACCAAGAGAUUGUCGCCACUGCCCUGUAACAAGUGUAAGAAAACUUGCUGCUUGGCUCAGGUUUGACCACUGUCUGAGUGGAUCAGAGGUUCAUCCAGCUCACGGUCAGAAAUUUCCACACUGUGAAGCCAUAUGACUUGACUUCAGUUGAGCUGACUUCAGAAUGACUGCCUGACAAUGCACUCUCUCAAUGUUUACAGACACGUGUCAUUGUGAAGGUGGGAGACCACUGACUGAGGUUGCUGCUAAACUGCCUUCACCUGUUUACAGCGAGCUCUCAACACUCAAUUCGACAGUCGCUCACCAUUCCUGGUUAGCUGCUUCUGCACAACACAUUCUCUGAAGGUGACACGACAACGGUGGGGUCACUGAAAGGCUGGUGAAGAGGGAAAAGGCUAACCAAAACAGCACAGCCUUUCAGAAUAAAAGAUCAACAAUUCCUAAUAGCAGGUCAGCAGCAAGUGAUGACCAACUUGGAUGGCCAGGGAAUGAAGUAUGAAUAUUCUCCAUUUUCAUGAAACAUAACUGGCCUCAAUUCCUUGCCCAGUCUCCCUGCCCGUCAUCAGCAUCCAUCUUUUCAGACAAAACUGCAUAUGCUGGAAUCCAAGGUGAACAGGCU